AUUAAAUACUUUUUAUCCCGACUUGACCCGAGUCAAACGCACAAAAUAUACCCACAAUUAAAGUCAAAAUUAUUAGUUUGAAAAAUGAUCACAAAUAAUGGGACGACAUAUACGGCUAAAAUGCAUUAUAUAUUACGCCAGUAUUGGGUCGACGAGACGGACGACAAGAUUAAAUCGUAUGCCAUGUUUGGGGGCGGACCGGAACUCCUUUUAACCAUAUUGUUAUUAUGGUUAAUAUUUGUUGUAAAAUUGGGCCCAAAUAUAAUGGCCAACCGAAAACCGUUUGUUUUGCGCAAAACACUCAUGGUAUAUAAUUUAAUGUUGGUUGUGAUUAAUGUUUAUUUUGCAUACACGGCGGCCAAAUGGCUCGACUAUGGCUUCAAACCCCUCUUUGAUAGACUGCCGGCCCGUAACCAGUGGUCGGAUAAAUCGGUCGCUGAAAUACCCGAUAAAAUAAUCUACUUUUACACAAAAUUAUUUGAUUUAUUUGAUACCAUAUUCUUUGUGUUGCGGAAAAAGUCUAAUCAAAUCACGUUUCUUCACGUUUACCAUCAUUUUAUAACCCCUAUAUUGGCAUAUAUGGUAUUAAAACUGUGUCCGCAAACCACUAUUUUUGAAAUCGUGUGUUUUGUCAACUCUAUAGUGCAUACCGUUAUGUAUAGCUAUUACCUGUUGUCGGCAUUUGGGCCAUGGAUUCAGCCCUACUUAUGGUGGAAACGAUACAUAACACGCAUACAGUUAUUACAGUUUGUCGUCUAUGGUGUGGCUCUACUUAUGGCCAUAUAUUAUGGUCAAUACAAUGAACAUCCUAUAGCCUUACAAUGGUUGGGCACUGGACAGCCGUUUGUAUUCUUUUACAUGUUUUACCGCUUUUAUGUUAACUCGUAUAAUAAAAAUAAAGUACAAUAAUUGAUCAUGUUAGUUGCUAUUUUAAUUAAUAUGCCCA